AUGCGGAUCGCGGAGGGGAAUCCAAACCCCGCCGCGCGGUUUCUUCCCGCCGAGGGCGUCUUUUUCGACGCGGAGGCCGGGACCUACGCGAUGCGGCCGUGCCGUGUGUUUGGGUGGAAUGUGGAGACCAACGAGCUGCUCGUGCGCUGGGGUUCCGUCAGCCCUUCGUAUCAGGCAAACGGCGCCGCGGUGGCGGAGGGGGAAAAGGGAGCGCAAGAAGAGGAGCCUGCGGUGCCGAUCCAUCGCAUUUUCGUCCGCCUUCUCGCGGAGGACCCCAUUGUCUACGUCCAGCGUCUGGUGAAUGCGCAUUAUCAACGGGAGAAGGCGAUGGCGUGGAUUCUCUACUACCUCUCCUGUGAUGCGAUGCCGACCACCGAUUUGCCGGACCUCACCGACGGCCUGCGGGAGCGGCUGCUGCGGUUGGGAACGGGCAUCCCGCAGCUCAGCGAGGCUGUCUUCCCGGGCGUCGAGCAGCACGCGGAGCAGCUGAUUCAGGAGAUUCUUCUGGAGUGGAAGCGCAGCCAUAACCGGGUGAUGCUGCAGGAUUUGAUGAAGCGCAACCACAGCGUGAUGCGGAUGGUGGAGCGCUCAACACGGAUGAACCUGACGGAGUUGGUGAACGGCCCGAACGUGUCGGUCGCCCUCAGUGAGCUUGGGGAUCCGGCGAAGAUCGUCGACGUCGGGUUCGACUUCAAACGACGCGAGCGGUCGUUUAUUUUCUCGACGUACUUUACGCAGCCAGAGGUGGUGACCGCCCUGACAGGGGUCCGACGUGAGUGUAUGAAGGUGCUCGAGCAGAGCUUGUUUGACCUCCCAACGGAGCGGCAAAUGCCUUUGGAGGUAUUCCAAAAACGCCAAAUGGCGCGCAUCAACCACGUCGCGAAUUACCUGAAGCACGAGUGGUUAGAUAGCGUGGGAAGGGUGAUCAAGGAAAGCUUUCAGACCGCAUCGAAGGGGUGGCUUAAUCUGAAGGAAUCCAAACAGGGGAUUUAUGAAAUGUCCAAACUCAAGAAACUCUUCACAACCGUUCGGCUCAUGAUGGAGGAUACCCUUUUCGACUUUGUCUACUCCUCGUUACAGUCGUUCAUCACCUUUUUCGAGGAGGUCUCCGACUUCACUGUGUUUGUGGUGAAUAUGAAUUGCGUGAAAAACACCUGGCCUGGCAGCGACGCCGAUGACUGCAUUGAAAAGCAACCCCUCUUCACCAUUAAUCUUAUCGAGAAGGAUGGUCGCUUCGCGUAUGACAUCUCCGCCAGGGAUUUCGAACGGCAUGUGAUUAACCUCUUUGAUCAGGCGAUCCUCUGCACGGAGGCCGUUCCGCAGGUCGAGCGCUACGUAAUGACGCAGUACUUCUGGCGAAAUGACAGCGAAGGGCCUUUUUUGGAUUCGGUGAAAUUGGAGGAUGAGCGUGUACAGUGGAUGCGGGAGCGGGUGCGCCGCUCGAUUCAGUCCUCGCUCACGCCCUUGCAGGAGUACCUGAGCACCUAUGACGAGCUCCUCCCCUUGAUCCGCCUCAACGAGAACGACUUUAUUCGGGAUUAUACCGCGGAGGAGCACACCAUCGAGGAGUCCAAGGAGGAGAUCAUCAAGCAUCUGAAGGCCAAGAAGGUGGUGGCGGAACGUAUUCCGCCUUACCUGGCGGUCGGCAACUUUGUGGUGAACAGCCAAUCCUUUGGCUCGCUCAUGGCGAAGAAGGAGGAUAACCUUGCGAAACUUAUUAUGGGCAGUAUCAGUAAACAGAACCGGAAGCGCGCCAUCUCGAUAUGUGAGGAGUUCAACAAAAUUAGCCGUGUCCUGGCGAAGGAGCCCCAGACGCCGGAGAAGCUCUUUGAGUUGUACAGCUUCAUAGCGAACAUCGGGGAAAGUGUACAGAAUCUCACGCAGCAGAUUGAGGGCAUGCGGCAGUGCUACGCCGUUCUCGAGAGUUUUCAGUUUGCCCUGACGGACGAUGAAUCCUGCCAUAAAUGGCAGGCGAUUGGCUGGCCGAGGCGCCUCGCGCUCACCAUAUCUGCCACCAAGAAGCAGCUCGGCCUCAUCGAGAAGGAGCUCUACGCGCGCCUGCAGAAGCAACAAGACGUCUUCUCGACGCGGGUGGAGAAGCUGCAGCGCGUCGUCGCGACUUUUUCCAAAUACACGCAAUCCAACCAAGCCGACAAGGUCGUCGCGGACGUGAAGCGAAACAACAUCGAGAUUCGGCAGUGCAUCGAGGAGGCGCGCGCGAUCAACAGCGAUCAGCGGCUGUUUGGCGAUCGCCUGACGGACUACCGCAGCGUGUUCGAGUUAGACAAAGAGUUUAAACCCUAUAGCGACCUCUGGCUAACAACGUAUACCUGGCAAGAAAGCUAUCGACGCUGGCAUACCGACGCCUUCGAGACGUUGGAUCCCGAUGAGAUCGAGCACACCACCGCGACGGCGUACAAGACGUUAACGAGCCUCACCAAAGUCUUCCGGGAUAAGGCGGGAACGCUGCGGAUGGUGGAGGAGAUGCGUGCGCUGGUGGAGCGGUUUAAGCCGUGGGUGCCGGUCGUCGUGGCGUUGAUCCACCCUGGCAUGAAGGAGCGCCAUUGGGAGGGUCUUUCGGAGAAGCUGAAUAUGAAGCUGAAGCCAGGGGAUACGAUUAAUGUGAUGGAGGACUGCCUGCCUCUGUUAGCGCACAAGGACGUCGUUGUCAGCCAUUGCGAGGUCGCCGCAAAGGAGCUGCAGAUCGAGAAGGCGCUCAAGGAUAUGCGGGCGAAGUGGGAGAGCAAGUCUUUUGUGGUGGAUCCCUACAAGGAUACCGGCUCUUUCGUGCUGAAGGACACCCAAGAGGUGAUCGAGCUGCUCGACGAGCACCUGAACCUGACGCAGCAGCUGCAGUUCUCCCCUUUCAAGGAGUAUUUCAAGGAGAGCAUCACGGACUGGGAGCGCUCCCUCAACCUCAUCUCGGACGUCCUCGAGCAAUGGGUGGAGUGCCAGCGGGCGUGGCGCUACCUGGAGCCGAUCUUCUCCUCCGACGACAUCGCCGUGCAGCUUCCACGGCUCUCGAAGCUGUUUGAGAAGGUGGAUAAGACCUGGCGGCGAAUCAUGAACGCCACCCACAACCAAACCAACGUCCUGGAGGUCUGCCUGGGCACCAAUAAACUCUUAGAUAACCUGCGCGAGUCGAAUCGCAUCCUGGAGGAGGUGCAACGGGGCCUGAACGAGUACCUUUCAGAGAAACGCCAGAGUUUCCCUCGCUUUUACUUCCUUUCCGACGAGGAGCUUUUGGAGAUUCUUUCUCAGUCCAAGGAGGUGCGGCGUAUCGACAACAACAUCGCCAAGCUCUUCGAGUUUAUCUGCCGCUUAGAGUGGAAUGCAGAGGACGAGGUGAUCGGAUUCUUCAGCAGCGAUGACGAACACAUCCCCGCCGUGGCGCCGGUGAAGACCGAGGGCAACGUGGAGAAUUGGCUUAAAUCCAUUGAAUCCAUGAUGAAGAAGGCGGUGCACCACCAACUCGAGUGCUCCUUUCUGGAUUAUCCUAAAAAGAGGCGAUCGCAGUGGGUUCUGACGUGGCCUAUUCAGGCCGUCAUCGCGAUUUCUCAGGUGUACUGGACGCAGGGGUGUGAGCAGGCGCUUACGCAUACCGGAAGCGUCGACAAGCUCUAUCACGUGCUUGAUAAGCAUCUGUACGAGCUGGUCGAUGUCGUGCAAUCGCCCCUGACGCCCGUUCAGCGCAUCAACAUGGGCGCCUUAAUCACCAUCGAAGUCCACGCCAAGGAUACGGUGGAGGGGAUGUUGGAGAAAGGGGUGUCGAGUAUCGCUUCCUUUGAUUGGGUGAAGCAGUUGCGCUUUUACUUCAAUCUGACGGACCGGUUUUGCCAUAUUAAGCAAGUCGACGCGCACUUUAUUUAUGGCGGAGAGUACCUCGGAAAUACCGGACGUCUGGUUGUUACCCCGCUCACGGAUCGCAUUUACCUCACCCUCACGGGGGCCCUCGCGCUCUGCCUUGGUGGGGCCCCAGCAGGCCCUGCCGGUACCGGAAAGACGGAGACCACCAAGGAUCUCGCCAAAGCGCUCGCGAAGCAGUGCGUGGUUUUCAAUUGCCAGGAAGGCAUGACGUACCUUUCCAUGGGGAAGUUUUUCAAGGGCCUCGCCUGGACAGGCGCCUGGGCGUGUUUCGACGAGUUCAACCGUAUCGACGUCGAGGUGCUCUCCGUGAUCGCGCAACAGGUGACGGACCUCCAGCAAGCCUGCCUCACCAAACAGUACCGCAUCAUUUUUGAGGAGAGCGACAUUGAGGUGGAUCCCACGCACGCGAUCUUCAUCACGAUGAACCCCGGCUACGCCGGCCGCACGGAGCUGCCGGAUAACCUCAAGGUUCUCUUCCGCCCCGUCGCGUGCAUGGUGCCGGACUACGCCAUGAUCGGUGAAAUCCGUCUCUUUUCUUAUGGCUACAAGAAGGCGAGAAUCCUCGCGCAGAAGAUGGUGAUGACUUUCAAACUCAGCUCCGAGCAGCUCUCCUCGCAGGAUCACUACGAUUUUGGGAUGCGCGCCGUGAACAGCGUGAUAUCCGCCGCCGGGAUCAAAAAGCGCGAGAACCCGAACAGCGAUGAGGACGUUCUGCUGCUCAGCGCCCUACGUGACUCCAACGUGCCGAAGUUCCUCAAAGGGGAUAUCGAGCUCUUCGAGGGGAUCAUCAGUGAUCUCUUCCCGGAGGUCGCGCUCCCGCAGACGAACUACGGCGCGAUGGUGGCGACCCUACAGAAGGUGGUUACGGAGCACAUGCAUCUCCAAGCCAUCCCCGCCUUCGUCGAGAAGUGUCUGCAGCUCUACGACAUCACCAUUCUCCGCCACGGCCUGAUGCUUGUCGGCCCUGCGGGGAGCGGAAAGAGCUCCGUUUAUCGCGCGCUCCAAACCACCCUCUCCGACUGCGCGGUUCGACAGGCGAAGGGCGAGGAUCUCGGCCCACGGGAGUUCAUGAAGGUCUACACCCACCUCUGCAACCCCAAGUCCGUCACGAUGGAUCAGCUCUACGGCGCCUACGACGAGAACGGGGAGUGGCGGGAUGGCAUCCUCUGCGUUCUCUUCCGCUGCGCCGCGCGCUACGGCGAUGAGGGGACGCUGCUGGGGAAGCACUGGGUGAUCUUUGACGGCCCCGUCGACGCGCUCUGGAUUGAGUCCAUGAACACGGUGCUCGAUGAUAACAAGAAGCUCUGCCUCGUCUCGGGCGAGAUCAUCCAGAUGAAUCGCGAUAUGACGAUGAUGUUUGAGGUGGAGGAUCUCGCGGUAGCCUCUCCCGCCACGGUUUCUCGUUGCGGGAUGAUUUACAUGGAUCCGACCUCGUGCGUGCCCGUUUCGGCCUCCAUCGCCUCCUGGGUGGCGUCGCUGCCGUCCUACAUGGCGAGCCAGGCCGCCAGCCUGGAGGCGCUGAUCAUGUGUUACCUCCCCAGCCUCAUCACCUUCGUGCACGGCGAGCUCCAGGAGUAUGUGGCCUCCACGACCAGUAAUCUGGUCUUUUCCUUUCAAAAAAUGAUGAAUGGCUAUAUCCAGAGCUUUGAGGACGCCUUCAAGGUACCGAUUGGGGCUCUCGCUGGGGCUCAGAGCCCGGCCCCACAGGUGAACAACCAACCCCAGGAGUUGCUCGUGGAGAUCGUUCCCCGACUGUUUAUUCUUUCCCUCGUGUGGAGUGUGGGCGCGACCUGUAACGAGGACGCUCGGGAGCGUUUUGACCAGACGCUUCGCGCGAUGGCGGCGGAGCAUAAUCACACGGACUACCUCCCCCCCGCCUCCGGGGAGCGGGAUAACACCGUGUAUGACUACUGCUAUCAAUACCAGGCCGCCCUGGGCGCGCUCUCGCAUCCGCCCGCGGACGACGCCGUGAUCACGCCGGAGUGGGUGCACUGGCAGGAUAUGCAGCCGGAGUUUGAGGUUUCGCGUGGCACGAACUUUGACGACAUCAUCGUCCCCACGAUUGACAACACGCGACAAAACUACAUUCUCCGACACCUUCUGUUGCAAAAGGCGAAUGUGGCGGUGAUUGGGCCGACCGGCACGGGGAAGUCCGUUUCCGCGUUAAAGAUGGUGCUGGGCGGGGAGCUGCCCAACACCUUCCUCGGCCUCACCUUCACCUUCUCCGCGCAGACCAAAGCAGGGGCCUUGCAGGGGUCGCUGAUGGCGAAGUUCGAUAAGCGGCGUUCCCGUGUGUAUGGCGCGCCGACCGGGAAACAUUUUCUCGUCUUCAUCGACGACGCGAAUUUACCACAGCCGGAGCGAUACGGCACGCAGCCCCCUUUGGAGUUGCUUCGACAGCUCCUCGGGCAUGGUGGGUUCUAUUCCUUGGUCGGUGGCAUCCGCUGGAAUACGAUCAUCGAUACGUCGCUGAUCCUCGCGAUGGGCCCGCCAGGGGGGGGUCGCGCGCACGUUUCAAACCGGUUCAUGCGCUUUUUCAACUACUUGUCGUUUCCAGACAUGUCCGAGACCUCCAAGCGGCUCAUCCUUAGCACCAUCCUCUUUAGUGGGUUUGCGCAUCAAGGCGUUGAUGGAAGCAUUCAGGAACUGGGAAGUAACAUCGUGGAGAGCACGCUGCGCGUUUUCAAGCAGUGCAGCAAGAUCUUCUUACCGAUCCCGGCGCAUGUUCACUAUUCCUUCAACAUGCGGGAUGUGAUGCGGGUCUUUCCGAUGCUGUACUCCAGCGAUGAAAGGACGGUGAAAUCGAGGGAGGAACUAUUGAGGAAAUGGAUACACGAGAUGCAGCGUGUCUUUAGCGACCGACUGAUCAAUGAUGAGGAUAAGGACAAAUUCACUCAGAUUCUCACGAACGAAAUGCGCGAGAUGGGGUUCACGGAGGACUACGAGGACUUUAUUGGGGCCAAGCGUCUUAUUUUCGGCAAUUUUAUGGGCACCCAUCGGGGUUAUGAGCAGAUCACUGACAUGUAUGCCUUAACUCGACGCUUUGAUGAACUUUUGGCAACGUACAACGAAGAAAACGAGAAUCGUAUGGAUUUGGUUCUCUUUUUGGAUGCUAUCGAACACGUAUGCCGUAUUUUCCGAGUCUUGUGUAUGCCAAACGGGCAUUGUCUCCUCCUCGGCAUAGGCGGAUCCGGCCGCAAGUCUCUCACGCGCCUGGCCUGCUAUUUGAUUCCCGAGAUGGAGAUCUCCACUGUUGAGAUUACGAAGAACUUCGGGGCCAAUGAAUGGCACGAAAACUUAGCCAAAUUGCUUUUGGAAUGCGGAAAGAACGAUAAGAAGCGCACUUUUCUUUUCUCUGACACCCAAAUCGUGCAUCCCGUCUUCCUGGAAGACGUCGCCGCGUUGCUAACCUCCGGCGACGUUCCCAAUUUGUUUGAAGACCAGGAUCUGGAGCUGAUCAACGAAAAAUUUCGCGGCAUCUGUAUUAGUGAGAACCUACCGACCACCAAGGUCUCCAUCUACGCGCGUUUUGUGAAGGCGGUGCGGGCCAACCUCCACGUUGUGUUAGCCUUUUCCCCCAUUGGGGACGUGUUUCGGACGCGGAUGCGAAUGUUCCCCUCACUCAUCGCGUGCUGUACGAUCGACUGGUUCGCUGAGUGGCCGGCCGAGGCCCUUCUCUCCGUUGCCCGGGCGCAUCUCGCCCAUAGCAUUCAGCCCGGGGAGGAAAAGAAACCUCGUCGGCGCUCCAGCAUCGCCGAAAACGUCCCGAAAGGCGUCUCCGAUGCGACCGAAUGCUUCAAGAUGUUUCAUUUGCUCGCGGAGGAGGUGACGGAGCAGUUCUUCGUGGAGACCCGGCGACGUUCCUACGUGACGCCGACCUCCUACCUUUCUUUUCUGGGCGGCUUCAGCGAUAUUCUGCAGAAGAGACAGCGUAACCUCCACGAGCAACGCUCACGCCUCGAAAACGGGCUGGAGAAGUUGCGCAACACGGAGGAGCGCGUCGCGGAGCUGGAGGCGCAGCUCAAGGCCCAGCAGCCGCUGCUGGAGAUUAAAAAGGAGGAGGUGCGCGUGAUGAUGGAGCGGCUCACCGUGGAUCGGCGGGAGGCCGCCUUAAAAGAGGCGGAGGCCCGCAAAGAGGAGGCGGCCGCGUCGGUGAAGGCCGAGGAGUGCGCGAAAAUGCGGCGGGAGUGCGCCAAUCGUCUCGCCGAAGCGGAGCCCGCCUUGGCCGAGGCGGUGAAAGUGUUGUCGAAGAUCAAAGCGUCGGAGAUUGCGGAGCUGAAUAAGUACCAAAGCCCCCCAAAGGGCGUCCAGUACGUCAUGGAGGCGGUGGCCGUCCUCCUGACGCUUGGGAACUGCCCGAAGGAGUACUACACCGGCGCCGCGGGGAGCAAAAAGACGCCCGACUGGUGGAUGUGUGCGAAGUCGUACAUGAAGGACGCCAACCGCCUUCUAGAUACCCUGGUGCAGCCCCCGGAGAAAGGAGGCUUUAACCGUGAGGCGAUGGACACCCCGCUGAUCGAAAAGAUCAAGGUGUACUGCGAUAACGAGGAAUUUCAGCCGGAGAAGGUCCGUUCGGUCUCGUUGCCGUGUAUGGCGAUGUGCUUGUGGGUGCGCGCCAUGUUUCGAUGGUUUUUCGUGAACCGUGAGAUUCAACCCCUACGGAAGAAGUUGGAGGCCUCCGAGGCGGAGCUGGCGCGCGUAACUCGUGCGCUGCAUCACACGCGAUCCGUGUUGGAUCACGUGAUUGCCGCCGUGGAGGCUCUUGAAAAGGAAUACUCCGAUGCCAUUGUUACCCAGACCGAACUUGAAAAUGAGGUGGAGCAGACAAGCCUCAAACUCCAGCGUGCCGCACGUCUCAUUGAUGGGCUUGGCGGGGAAAAGAUCCGCUGGGUGGAACUGGUCGCUCGCUACAAUGAGGAAGAGAAAUAUAUUAUUGGCGAUGUGCUUAUUUCAACCGCCACCGUGUCUUAUUGUGGGCCCCUCACCGGUCUUUAUCGCAAUCAGCUGCUCGCCAAAUGGAAGGAGACGUUGCGAGCACAUAAUGUUCAUAUUAGCGAGGGAUGCAGUCUUGUCUCUACCCUGGGGGAUCCGGUCCAAAUACAAGAAUGGCAGCUCAACGGCCUUCCGUCAGAUUCGUUGUCGACCGAAAAUGCCAUUAUCAUGGCCAACUCACGCAACUGGCCGCUUCUUAUCGAUCCACAAGGCCAGGGUAACACAUGGAUUCGAAACAUUUACAAAAAUAGUAACCUGCAAGUUUGCAAGGCCUCAAAUAACCGUUUCAUGAAGACAAUUGAGCAGGCCAUCCGUCUUGGUCUACCCUGCUUGCUAGAAAAUGUUGGCGAAUCCCUAGAUGCCGCCUUGGAGCCGGUCCUCCUGAAAAAUGUCUUUCUCAUCGGCAGCACUCCACACGUGCGGAUCGGCGACAGCGCCAUCCCGUACGACUCCAACUUUAGGUUGUAUAUGACCACCAAGCUGUCUAACCCAACGUACACACCGGAAACCAUCGUCUCUGUUUCCUUGCUAAACUUCUUUAUCACCUCUAACGGGCUUGAGGAGCAGCUUCUCGCCAAGACGGUGGGGAUAGAGCGCAGCGACUUGGAGCAGGAUAAGCAAAAACUAACAAUCGACAGUGCUAAUAAGCAGAAGGAGCUGAAGGAGAUCCAGGGCAAUAUCCUGCGGCUCCUGGAAGAGGCUGAGGGCGACAUUCUGGAGCAGGAAGAACUGAUUAAUACGCUGGAGAGGAGCAAGACCAAGUCUACAGAAAUCAAUGAGUACCUUCAGAAAUCCAAGGAAACGGCGAGGAUCAUUGACGAGACGCGAAAUAAGUACCGACCUCAUGCGGAACGUGGUGUGCUUCUGUUCUUUUGCGUUUCGAAGUUAUCGACUAUCGAUUCCAUGUGUCAGUUCUCGCUGCAGUGGUUCUUCAACUUGUUCCUACGCGCUGUCAAGGACGCGAAGCCAGCCGAGGAUGUCGAACAGCGUGUGGCAAACCUCAUGGACUACUUCAUGUACUCCUUCUACUACAAUGUGUGUCAUUCUCUUUUUGAGAAACAUAAGCUCACGUUUUCUUUCUAUUUGUGCACCGCCGUGCAGCAGCAGCGCGGUGAAUUGAAUGAAGAGGAAUUCCGCUACUUCCUCAGAGGGCCAACACGCAGAAUCGAUUCGACCCCGAACCCGGACCCGGGUUGGAUCACCGAUAGCAUCUGGAGUGAAGUUCAGUUUAUAUCCUCACAGCUUCCUUUCUUUAAAGGGUUUGAUACUCACGUGACGCAGAAUAUUGCGCAUUACAAGGAGCUCUUUGAUAGCACCGACAUUGACUUUCAAAACUUCACCUUGGCGGCCGCGUAUGCGAACACGGAAAGCCUUCUCCAACGGCUCAUCGUGUUUCGGUGCUUCAGCAAGGAUAAAAUGAUACCUGCAAUCCAGCAAUAUGUGAAGCACUACAUUGGUGAGCGUUAUAUCAUCGUCCCACCGUUUGAUGUAGCGGACGCGUAUAAGGAUAGCGACUGCUUGUCUCCUCUGAUUUUCAUCAACUCGCCCGGUUCGGACCCGAUGAACGAUUUAAUGCGCUUCGCUGAGUCGAUGCGCAUGCUUCGUCGUCUUGACAAAGUAUCCUUAGGCCAGGGCCAGAGCCGGAAGGCCGAGGAGUAUAUCACCACGGGUCGGGAAAGGGGUCAGUGGGUGCUACUGCAGAACUGUCAUCUCGCCAUCUCAUGGAUGCCCACAUUGGAGACGAUUGUGGAGAGCUUCACUGCGGAUACCGUGAAUAAGGAAUUUCGCCUGUGGCUGACCUCCAUGCCCUGUGAGGCGUUUCCGGUGGCUGUGCUGCAAAUUUCAGUUAAAAUGACCAAUGAGCCUCCGAUGGGUCUGCGGGCGAACGUUUCUCGUUCCUAUUACGCCUUCUCCGAUACCGAUCUCGAUGUGACGCACGACCCAGCGAGUUACAAGAAGUUGGCAUUCUCGCUCUGCCUCUUUCACGGUGUGAUUCAGGAACGCCGUAAGUUUGGUUCACUUGGCUUCAACAUCGCCUAUGAGUUCAAUGAUUCGGAUCGGAAUGUGUGCCUGAUGCAGCUGCAAAAGUUCAUCGACCUCUAUGAUACCAUCCCCUUUGACGUCCUUACUUUCUUGACGGGCGAGAUCAACUACGGCGGGCGUGUAACGGAUGACUGGGAUCGGCGCUGCAUGAUGACCCUCAUCCGGCAUUACCUGAGCCCGGAGGUGCUGCAGGUGGGCUACACCUUCUCACCCUCGGGGGUCUACCGCACCCUGGAGCCGGGAACCCGUGCGCACUACUUGGAGCAUCUCACCACCUGGCCGCAUAAUCCGAAGCCGGAGAUAUUCGGGCUUCAUGAUAACGCGGAUAUCACCUGUGCGCAGAACAUCACCUCGGGUAUCUUAUCCACCGUUCUCUCCCUGAUUUCACAGACAGCUGCCCCUGGGAAGGCCGGCAGCAAGGAUGAGCAGCUUAGGGAUAUGGCGGAAUCGAUACAAAAGCAACUGCCUGAUCCCUUUGACGAGGAGGCAGUUACUGCCAAGUACCCGACACGCUACGAGGACUCGAUGAAUAUUGUCCUCGUUCAGGAGAUUAUGCGCUACAAUCGCUUAAUACGAUUUAUACACUCGAAUCUAGCCGAAUUUUUGAAGGCGAUCCGCGGUGAGGUCCUCAUAUCGGCAGAACUAGAAGCUGUUGGCUCGAAUUUCUUUCUCAACAGCGUCCCGGCUGCGUGGGCUUCGUUGGCGUAUCCGUCCCUCAAACCCCUGUCGAGCUGGGUAGAUGACUUGGUGCACCGCAUCCAGUUCAUUCAAACGUGGUACGACAACGGCGCACCUUCCGCGUACUGGAUCGGGGGCUUUUUCUUCCCACAGGCGUUCCUCACGGGAACGUUGCAGAACUACGCGCGUCGCCUGCAGAAGGCGAUAGACACCAUUUCGUUUGACUUCAAAAUAUUGGACAGCACCGCGUCGGAGUUGGACCGCUUGAAGCGGCCUGAAAAGGGUGCCUUGGUUUACGGUCUCUUCAUGGAAGGGGCUCGCUGGGACGCGAGGAGGCAGACGCUGCAGGAGUCCAGACCUAGGGAGCUGUACACGGAGAUGCCCGUCAUUCAUUUCGAUCCGGUUGUGAACUGGGUACAUGAUCCGACGAAGUUCGUGUGCCCUGUAUACAAAACCCUCACGCGGGCAGGCACGCUGAGCACUACUGGGCACUCAACAAACUUCGUGCUGCCCAUUCACAUCCCCACUGAGACGGAUCCUUUGCAUUGGGUUGAGCGUGGGGUCGCUUGUGUUGUCUCAUUAAAUUUUUAG